AGCGAUUCCACCGUCCACGCACCUGUGACACACCGGAGAGGCUCCCAUCUAGGGUUCCCCACAACAGACCCACCGCCCCCGUCGUCCGAUCUGAUCCCAUCCGCCACCAUGAGCGGCCACCACGACGCCACCAAGCCCUACCAGCCCCGCCGCGGCCCGGAGCGGCCUCCUCCCCCGCCGCAGCCGGCGGAGGGCGAUGCCGACGCCGGGGCCGUGCCGGAGGCGGAGGCGGAGCCUCUGGCGAUGGAGCAGUACGAGCCCGAGCCGCUGCAGUACGAGCCGCAUCCGGAGCACGAAGAGGAGGAGAUGGAAGAAGGGGAUGAGGAGGAAGAGGAUGAGGAGGAGGGAGAGGGAGGGCACGGGCACGAGUACGCGUACGAUUACGGCACCGGGGAAGCCGUCCCGAUGGACGCGGAUGCGGCGCCGCACGCACAGAUGCAAGGGGCGAUGCUGCCCAUGCCUGCCAACGCGGAGGCCGGCGGCGGCGGGCCGCACGCCGCGUCGAACACGCUAACCCUGUCCUUCAAUGGCGAGGUUUUCGUCUUCGAAUCAGUGUCCCCCGACAAGGUGCAAGCGGUGCUCUUAUUGCUUGGAGGCAGGGAGCUGGCCCCGGGAUUGGGCGGGGGCCCGUCGUCAUCGGCAUCAUACAGUAAGAGGAUGAAUUAUCAUCCACACCGUAUGGCGUCGCUAAUGAGGUUCCGGCAAAAGCGCAGCGAGAGGAACUUUGAUAAGAAGAUCCGGUAUUCUGUUCGGAAGGAAGUUGCACAUAGGAUGCAGCGACAUAAAGGUCAGUUUACGUCAGCGAAAGCAAAGGCCGAAGACGGAGCAUCACCUGUAACUACUUCAGAUGGUUUAACAAAUUGGGGUGCAGUGGAAGGUCGACCUCCAUCCGCUGCUAUAUGUAAGCAUUGUGGUAAAAGUUCAGACAUGACGCCUAUGAUGCGUAAAGGACCGGAUGGCCCAAGGACGUUGUGCAAUGCGUGUGGACUAUCCUGGGCAAACAAGGGUCAUAUGAGAGAUAUCUCGAAAUGUUCUACUGCGCCUCUGCAAGUUGUGCCACCAGCAAACAGUGAUGCUCCGAAUGGAACGACGGAAGCAGCACCAGUCGACAAGCAGCAACAUCUUGCAAUCGAAGCUGCACCAGUAGUGCAGCCUGCUCCUGCUGCCAAUGGCCAUGACUCGUAGCUGUCAGGUGAUGGAUGCGUCAGGGGAUGCAGCUGCUGUGCCGCUCUGCAUAUGGUCAUGCAGUUGCUUGCUUGGAAUUAGUCUUGCUGGAUUUUGAACCAGAGAUUCGAGAUAUGCGCAGCCACUAUGGCUGUGCUGGUGGGCUUGUUAAUUUGCUGCAUGUGUAGAUAAUAGACGAGUUCAACAGUGUUUGUGGGUGGUCAUAAGAUGUUGUGUUUUUCUUUACCUUUUUACAGAUGGCACAUUAGUUAUGAUACUGUUAUAUUAGCAGCACCUUCCCAGUAUAGUUGCUUCGGCACUUAAAAUCAUUUCCUAUGUGUGGCGGACGCAACAGUUGGACUAGAUAUUCAUAUUGCGCCUGACAAUUUGCCCCAGGA